GCAAUGAGAUCAAGAUGCUUCUUCUGGGUACGUGGGGAUUCUGGCCUCGCAUUGCGCAAUUGCGCCGUGGGUCGGCCUCUUUCGAAUCCCUUCAGUCUAACAGCCGUGUGCAGGUGCUGGUGAAUCCGGGAAGUCGACCAUCUUGAAGCAGAUGAAGCUCAUCCACGAGGGCGGAUACUCACGCGACGAGCGGGAGUCCUUUAAGGAAAUCAUCUUCAGCAACACAGUCCAGUCGAUGCGCGUCAUCCUCGAGGCGAUGGAGUCGCUGGAGCUGCCGCUCUCCGACUCGCGCAUGGAGUACCACGUCCAGACCAUCUUCAUGCAGCCCGCACAGAUCGAAGGCGAUGUUCUUCCCCCUGAGGUUGGAAAUGCCAUCGAGGCUCUCUGGAGGGAUGUGGGUGUCCAGAGCUGUUUCAAGCGGUCCAGAGAGUACCAAUUGAACGACUCUGCGCGGUAUUACUUCGAUAACAUCGCACGUAUUGCCGCUCCCGACUACAUGCCCAACGACCAGGAUGUCCUCCGGUCCCGUGUCAAGACGACUGGUAUUACUGAGACAACAUUCAUUAUCGGUGAGCUCACGUACCGCAUGUUCGACGUUGGUGGCCAGCGAUCCGAGCGAAAGAAGUGGAUUCACUGCUUCGAGAACGUCACCACCAUCCUCUUCUUGGUCGCCAUAUCCGAGUACGAUCAGCUGCUGUUUGAGGACGAGACGGUCAACCGUAUGCAAGAGGCCCUCACCCUAUUCGACUCGAUCUGCAACUCGAGAUGGUUCAUCAAAACGUCGAUCAUCCUGUUCCUCAACAAGAUUGAUCGGUUCAAAGAGAAGCUACCCGUCAGCCCUAUGAAGAACUACUUCCCCGACUACGAGGGCGGCGACGACUACCAAGCAGCGUGCGACUACAUUCUCAACCGUUUCGUCAGCCUGAACCAGCACGAGACCAAGCAGAUUUACACACAUUUUACCUGCGCUACCGACACAACACAAAUCCGCUUCGUCAUGGCCGCGGUAAAUGGUAAGACAAGCCGACGUUGAAAAUGCAAGAUAAAGCGCUGACAUAGAAACCAGAUAUCAUCAUCCAGGAAAAUCUCCGUCUUUGCGGUCUCAUCUAAGCGACUGCAACGGCAAACACGACGUGCGGCCCAGUUUGAUGACUCCGAGUCGCCAUGAUGUUUAAUUGAGCAACGAAAUCCUCGAGGUUCUCGUUUUGGAUGGGCGAA